UUACUUUGCAUUUGAUGGCUGAAUUUGACAGUUAAAAAUCUUGCCUUGCCUCCAGGAAAGUGGCAGAUGAAAGGCCAAUUUUCCUGCUCACAGCUCCUGGCACAAAUCACCUUGGUUCCCAGUAAAACUGAGAAGAGAGUUUGAUACAAAGUACAGUUGCACACAUUAUUAUUUAUAUUGAAGGGUUGCCCAAAAGCAGCACGUCCAAGAACUUUAAAAUUACUGUUUUCCCUCUCUCUUAGGAGUAUCCUGAUCCAGAACAUUUAAGAUGUGGAAAGAAGAUAGUCACAGAUGAUGCAAUUUUUAAUUUUGGCUCUAGUCUCUGCUGCACUCUAAGAAGGCUUUGCAGACAUUACCGAGCCCCUGAGUUUCCCUGCCCUGCUACCCCCGACUGCGUUGGAGGGUGCGGCACAGCGGGGCUGCCCCAGCGAGGUUUCCCGGAGGGAGCCGAGGUUCCCGUCCCGGAUUUGGGGCAGGGGCUGCCCCGAGCACCUAGGGCCGCGCAGGGGAUGCUGUGGCACGCAGGACUUUCUGUCUGAGUCGCCGGUCACCAUGGCAGACCCAGCUCCAUUGCGCUUUCAGGAACCAGCCACCAGAUUCUCCAUUUCAGCCGGCCCGGGGGAAUUUGCUGCGCGGGGCUUUUCCUCGGCCGAUUCCCCGCGGCCGCAGCCCGGGACAGCGCCGCUGACCCGAGCGGGGGAAGCCGCUCCCGCCGCCCCGGGGCGCGGCUCGGGCUCCCCGCUCCUCCCGGCCGGAGCGAGGCAGCACCGCCGGAAUCCCGCGGACCGAGACCCGGCCGGCAGCAGCUCCGGGACCCGCGGGGAGCGCCCGGCGGGCUCAGUGCUCACUUCAGAUGGCUGAGAACACCCCCAGGACCCUGCAGGACACCCCCAGCUCUUCCCCUGAUGAAAACGAGUUUCCUUUUGGAUACCCCACCAACAUUUGUGAGGACGUGCCUGGUCAGAAGUUCCUGUGCAGUAACUGCAACAACAUCCUGAAGAGAGCCCUGCAGACACUGUGUGGGCACAGGUACUGCUCUGCCUGCCUCUCCUGGAUCGUCAGGAACAAUAAAAAUGCAAUUUGCCAGAAAUGUAAAGAGGAAGAUCCCAACACUUUAGGUGAGGAAAGCCUACUGGCAGAAGAAAGGGCUUUUGGUGAUGCUGCCAUUAACAAAGAGAUUUCUGAACUCAGAGUCCACUGUGUGACCCCUGGCUGCAGCUGGUCUGGCAUCAUGAAAGAUUUUGAAGAGCAUCAGAGUUUAUGUGAAUAUGCUUUGAUCCCUUGUCACACUGGCUGUGGGCACGUGGUGAUGAGAAGGAAGCUGGCAGACCACUUGGAAAAUGGAUGUGUCAAUAAUGUGACAGUGUGUCAGCAGUGCCACUGCAGCCUGGCCAGCUCUGAAUACCAGGAGCAUUCAUGUGAAGGCAGUUUGUGCAAGGAACAAAAACCUGUGCAAACAGAAACAGCAUCAAAGGAAAAGAGCCACUCCACAUCCUCAGCCAGCAAGGAUGGAUGUUGUUUUUCUGAAGUUGGCUGUGAAUUUAGGGGAAGCAAAGAGAAGAUAAAGGAGCAUGAAAAAUCUGCAGUGGGGGCUCACAUGCUGCUCCUGCUGCAGCACAUGAGGCAGCUGCAGGGAACCUUGUGCUCUGCUGCCAGAGCUGCACAGGGCUUCCCACAGCCAGAGCUGAGCUGGAAGAGUGCAGGGAAAAGCAUCUCUGAGCUGCAGAUCCCAGCAGGGCUGGGCUUCAGCAGGGGCCCAGAAGUGGAUUGUUUCCCUGCAUCUUCUGCUCCUGGAGAAGAGUCUGUCCUGCAGCAGCUGGUGAGGGAGAAGGUGAUUUCUGAGCUGGAAAAUAAACUGCAAGUGUUUGAGAACAUUGUGGCAGUGCUCAAUAAGGAGGUGGAGAGCUCUAAUUUGGAAAUCCUGGCCUUCAGGAGGCAGAGUGAGCUGGACCAGAACAUAAUACGGGGCCUUGAACUGAAGAUUGCAGAGUUGCACCGCUGCCUGACACAGAAGGAUGCAGGUCUGAGCAGCCUGCACAAGAGCCUGCUGUUCUCUGAGCAAGCCUCCUACGAUGGGAUCUUCCUCUGGAAAAUCACAGAGGUGGGCAGGAAGCUCCAGGACUCUGUGACUGGCAGGACAGUCAGUUUGUACUCCCCAGCUUUCUACACUGCAAAAUAUGGCUACAAGGUGUGUCUGAGGGUGUACCUGAACGGGGAUGGGACAGGGAAAGGAACCCACAUGUCCUUGUUCUUCGUGGUCAUGAGAGGAGACUACGACGCUUUGCUCCCGUGGCCUUUCAGGCACAAGGUGACAUUUAUGUUGCUUGACCAAAAUAACAGGGAGCACAUAAUCGAUGCCUUUCGCCCAGACCUGACUUCUGCUUCCUUCCAGAGGCCAGUGAAUGACAUGAAUGUGGCCAGUGGCUGCCCCAUGUUCCUGCCCUUGUCCAAGCUGCAGUCCCCCAAACACGCCUAUGUGAAGGAGGACACACUUUUCCUGAAAUGCAUCAUAGAAACAAAUUAGCAAAUCCUCAAAUGUGGCUGGCUGGGGAGGUCACCUGCUGAAUGUCAGUAGAGAAAAACCCCACAAUCUGAGACCUUGUGUUAAUUGUGUGUGCACAGAGCCCCCAGAGCCUGAGGCUGCAGCCCCUGAACCCGCUGCCAUCAGCUGCUGCAAUGGGAUUAUCUCAGCAGAGCAGCCAAUUCUCAUGCUUUGGGUGUCAGCCAGUGUCCCCUCACUGCUGGAGAAGGGGCUGCUCCUCCUCACUGGCCCGGGUGUGGUUCUACCAGGCAGGGAUUUGGGCUGGGAGGGUCGGGGUGUGUCUGUGCUGCUGCUCAGCCUGAGCUGUGCCAUCCCAGGGCAGCUCCUUUGGGGUGAGCUCCUGUCACCUGCUCUGCCUGGCAGCCCCAGGGGGAUUUUGGCUGCUCCCCAGCAGGAGCAAGGGCAGAUUCCUUCUGAGCCCUGGCUCAGGUGUCUCUGUGCUUGCCCAUGACCUUGGAGAGAGCUGUGGCUCCCUCACCCCUGGCAUUUAUUUCUUGCUGUUUAUUCCAGAGCUCUGUUUAUGUGCUCUGUAAGGAGAUGUUGUGUUGCACCAGCAGGCAGGGACCAGGUCACACUGUGCCUUGGGGGAAUUAUCUCCAGGGUUUCCAAAGCAGCCCUUGGCCUCUCCCACUGCAGAAACAGGGCUCUGGGAAGGCCAGGCAGGUUAAGUGAUCUGCUUUGGUUCCAGUCACUCCCUGGACCUUCAAGGCACUUCAAGGUCCUUCAACUCAUCAGAAAUUAUUGAUUUUUUGUUUUAGUUUCUUGCUUAAUGUGCUCUGAUGUUUAAGUUUUCUUGCACGCUAAAAUACAAGUAACUGCUAAAAAUGGUUUCUGGGUUUUCUAAUAGAGGGAAGGAAUUAAUUUUUUUUUUAUAAUACAAGCUUGGGACUGUCUGGAUGUGUGCAAAAUCUCUCACUUCUCUCUUGGCAGCAGCCUUUAAAAUAAUUUUAUAUUAUUUGAAAUAAUGUGAUAAAGCAUCACAUUUCAAAAACACCCACUCCAUUAACAAAUAUUUAUCAAGGCUUGUUUGGGAAUGAACUGGAUAUUCUGUGUGUCUUUUCCUCUAUUCUGUCUUUCAAAUGUUCUUUCAGGGACAGAAAUUGAUUUUUCCAGCAUUGUGCCAGCCCCUGUCACCACACUGGAGUAAUUUACCUGGAUAUAUUAUGCUUUUCCUGUCUGUAUCACUUUGACAAGCACUAUAUUUAUUACAAUCGAUCUUAUUUUCUUAUGAUUUUAUUUAUUUCCUAAAUAAAGCUCACUAACUUGAG